AUGUCUCUUACAAGCGAAGCAAACGGCCUUGAACUAGAUGGUACUACACGUUCUGACAUACACUCCCAAGUGGAAAUAUAUGAGCCAUUGAUGCCCGGGAGAGAACACCCUGGCCCAUUCAACGAGCAAUUAAUCUGUGCCAUUUGCUUGGAACCCUGUUCUCAAGAACGUCCAAUGUGGCUUAUGGAGAAAUGUAGCCAUGAAUUAUGCAAACACUGUUUUUCAGUUUUAAUCCUCUAUCAACAUACUGAUGACAGGUCUAGCAAGAUCACCGGCAAAUGCCCACUCUGCAGAGAACAUGUAGACUUACGCCUAAGAUGGUCACUUCCUCCGCCUUCAAAGUUUACUGUUUCUUACAAUCUCUUGGGUGGUAGAUACUCCCCUAAAUCUUCUCUGGACAGAUGUCUGGUUGGUAUUAAUCAAGAUGGCCAGGGGGUAAUGGUAGAAAACUCGUCUGUUGUUGAAAUCCGGCAAUUGGGUGAUUUCACGGAAACAUCCUGGAAACGGACAAUGGGGUUGACAGUAACCUCAUGUCCGACUUGCAUUGAGAGUCAUUCUCUUAAUUGCACAAAGUCGCAAGCCAUGUGUGAAUCAACCAGGAUUUCACAAGUCCUGGAUUCGCUCGCAGCCGUGUGGGAACGUGAUUGGAUUUCCGGGCGGCUAUAUAGUACGGUCUCCUUCUGUGCUACUAAAGAGGCUCAGCCUGAAGCCGGCUAUGAACCAAGGAUGUUUGAGACUUUGGUACAAAAGUGUAUUCAUCGGCGCCGUGGGGAUACUCACGAUCCCAGCCGUCAGUGUUGUAAUUCUCCAUCGGGUUCUACUUCAUACGAAUUUAUAACUUGGACUACUAAGGUACGAGAACGUUGUUUUUCUUCCACCUUACUACCUACAUUACCUUUGCCCUGUGAUCAGCCAGAGGACCGGAAGACAGUUUAUAAAGCGUUAGUUGGCAUCCAAAAGGUUCUUGCCAUGAAUGUUCCCGAAGUUCCAGGAGAAGACCUUGCGUCUUUCCUAAAGUUCAAGGGAGUUCGGCCUGCGACUACCAGGCUCGCACUAAAUCUUCAAGAGCAGUUUGAUGAUGUUUUCCGAGAGGUUGCACAUGAAACCGGAGGGGUGAUCGCAACUAUAAAGUCAUAUCUAGGUGUGCAGCCCCCAGUUCUGGACGAGGACUUGUGUCCGCUUGAUCCACUAUCGGAUUAG